GGGACCUGACGGCAGCACUUCUCCCUGCCGUCUGCGCCGUGCGCCCUGUCCGGCCGGGACGGAGCUGUGCCCCUGCAGAGUGGCCGGAGGACCAGCGUGGACGGUCAAACUGUUUUCCAGACAAAGCGAGAGUCGGUUCAUGCUCAUUUUCCAUUCUCGUCGAGGACGGCGUAACGUUUACCGCCGACUCCAAGUGACGUGCUCAGCACUGGGGCGACUUCAAUGGAUUAAGACAUUGCCGUCGAGGGAAAUCUCUAAGGAAGUCGGACACCGUAUCAGCAAACCUGCUUAAAAUCUGUUGAACUGCACAAUGGAUGGAGUGGACACUUUGCAGAGCUCAGCCCUGGAAUCCAAGGCCGAGCGGAUCGCCCGGUACAAAGCGGAGCGGCGGAAGGAGCUCGCUGAGCUCUACGGCAACACAGACACGUUCACCUCCAAAUACGUACGACGGGACAAGAAAGCUGGCGAGGCGUCCGAGACGGCGUCCGAGACGGCGUCCUCGGCGGACAGAGAGAAGGAGACACGCGAGGAUAAUGGAUCAGCGCCGGCAUUCACCAGGAGGGGCCUCAGGGGUAGAGCAGCAGAACCCGAGGACCGCGGUGACGAGGCUGCGCGGGAGAAGGAGUCCACGCAGACGUUCAGAGCCUCAUCCUCCAGGUCGGAGACAGUGAUGUCAUCACAAUUCACGCGACUGGAAACUGCUGAUACGGAGGAGUCAAAGGCUGAUGAGAAGCUGGCGGAACCUCCCAAGCAGGCUGCUACUUCCAAGGCGUCUCUUUUUAAGGAACUUGGAGCCGCGCAGGAGCAAGACGAUACAGGAAAGCGUCAGCGUAUGAGCAGUGAUGAAGAGGAAGCCUGUGCCAGCCUCCCUAGAACCCAUACAGGCAAGGCACCGGAGGAGAAGGCCACAGAUGAGCCUUUACAGACUGAGGAGAGGGAACACGCUGCUGCUGCAGAGGAGCCAAAGCCUUCCAGUCUCCUGCCUGACAGCAGUAACAGAGAUGCGUCUUCUCCUUCAUCUCCCCCCUGUCCGCCUGCUCCACUGCAACGUCAGGACUCUGGGCCCCAGGGCAUCAAGGGAAUCCUGAAGAAAAGCCGCUCCACCAGCGUGGAGUCGGACCACAGCGAGGGCUCAACGCAGGACUUCAAUCUUGCCCGACAGAGCGGAGUCACCCUCAGCCACCCAGAGAGCAAGAAAGAGAAGGAGGAGGAGGUGGAGAAGGAGGACGGGGAGGAUGAAGGCGAUCAGGAAGAAGAGAAGGAGGAGGAGAUGGAUGACAGAGAAGACGAGUCUCUGGCUGAAGAUACUAUGGAUGGACAGUGCUUCACCAUCCACAGUCAACAGAGGAAGGGCAGCAGCAGCAGUGGAGGGAGCUUUGAGGAGCUGCAUAGCCCCAUACACGAUGAGAGCACCUCCACGGUGUCCGAGGACGUGGAGGAGUUGGAGAGCAGUUUGGAAGGAAGCAUGAGCUCCUCAUUCAAACAAAGACUGUCAGAAUUCACCAGUGGCGACGGGGAGACGGCUAGAAUGAAGAAGGCUAAAACUAGCGAGCUGAUCCAGACGCCUCUGGCUAACCGCUUCAGUCAGCUCCACGAUGCCGAAAACGCCUGGAGGAAAAAGAAGUCUAAUGUAGAUGUGGAGCCCAAGAUGUCUCUGGCAGAGAGGAUGAAGAUCCUUAAGGAAAAGGAGGAACAGUGGAAGAACAAAGGCAAAGGAGCAGCCAACGACUCAGUGCAGUUCACUGUAGCUGGACGCAUGGCUAAGAGAGGUCUCGUAUCAGAUACAGGAAAGGAGGAGUCCCCUCUGAGCUUCCUUAAGAAGUCCAACGCCACACCUGUGAAACCCCUCGAAGAAAUCUCCAGUAGAACUGAUGUCAAGGUGGAAGGAGACAAACGGCUCGACAAGCUUGAGUCGUUUCUUGACAAGCUUCACAAUAAAGGCGUGAGCGGCAGCAAGGCAUCCACCAUCGAGGUGACGGCGGAGACGGAGAAAGAAGUGAUGACUCUGGAUGAUCAGGAGACAUUUGGAAACUUCUUUAAGUCUGUGCCCCUGUCAGGACUCCAGGACCGGACAGUAGUGACUGAGGAGGAUCUCAGCCAAAUCCAGAUAAACUCACCAAAGCUCACCUCUGCUGUGGAGGAGCACAAGCGAGCGGUGCGACCGGCCCGGAGGAAUCAGGGCUCUAGGAACCCCCUGCGGGCCCUGGCUGCCCGCAAUGACAUCCGCCAGGGCUACACUGAACAGAGGCUGAACAUAGCCACGGUGGAGACCAAGAGGAUCCAAGUGGAGAGAAUGGCCAAACACUCCAACCUGGCUGAUGUGGCCUUGGCCGGCCUCGCCAGCAAGGAGAACUUCCGCAAGGUCAGCCUGCGAAGCGUCAAAUCCACCGAUGUUGUGACUAACAACAGUGCCCUGCCGUUCCACAAGCUCAUGCUUAUUCGCAUCAAAGGUCGAAGACACGUCCAGGUGCGUUUGGUGGAGCCCACUGCCACCUCUCUCAACAGCGGCGACUGCUUUCUUCUUAUAACGCCAAAACACUGCUUCAUGUGGAGUGGGGAGUUUGCCAACAUCAUAGAAAAAGCUAAGGCAUCGGAGAUGGCCUCGUUUGUUCAGACCAAGAGAGACCUCGGCUGUAAAGCCGCCCAGGUGACAGUGCUGGAGGAAGGCAUCAACGCCGAGAGCAAGUGGGCCAAAGAGUUUUGGAGCCUGCUUGGAGGAAAAGCCAAAUACAGAGGGGCAGGGGAGCCAGAAGAGGAUGAGCUGUAUGAGAGCGGGGUGCAAGACUCUAAUGGGGUGUACAGACUCCAAGGAGACAAACUGGUGCCUCAUGAAGAUGCCUGGGCCUCCAUCCCCAGUGUUUCCUUGCUCAACUCUAAAGAGGUCUUGGUGUUUGACUUCGGGGGUGAAGUCUACGUAUGGCACGGGAAAGAUGUACCCUUAGGUGACAGGAAAGUCGCGGUCAAACUGGGCAAACAGCUCUACAGCGGCAGCUACGACUACAGCAACUGCAGAGUCAACCCCUUGGAUGCAUCCUGCACGAAUACAGAUGUUCCUCAACAGGGGGAAGGUCGUCCCAGCUGGACCCUGUUUGGUCGCCUGUCAGAGCACAAUGAGACGUCUCUGUUCCGAGAGAAGUUCCUGGACUGGGCUGAGAGGAAGAAGGAGGAAGGAUAUCAAGCUGAGGAAAUCAUGAGCCCGGUGAGCUCCACCGUGCGCGCCCCUUUUGACUCAGAGCUGCAGCCAUGUGACGCCAAAGCCCUCCUGGACAAUGAGCCGGAGCCGGUGAAGACUGUGCUGGAGGGGGUGGACGUCCAGCGGGGUUACGGUCGGGUGAGGACAGAAGACGGCCGGCAGGCGGAUUUAGCCACCGUGGCCGUAGAUGCCUGGCACAUCAAGGAGCACAGUGAGGAGGAGCUGCCUGCAGAGAGCCUGGGCCAGCUGCACGAGGGCGACGCCUACAUCAUCCGCUGGAAGUACUCGAUCACCACACUGGUGGGGAAGCGACAGAAGCCCGGGGAGCUUAGCACCAGUGCUCCCGGUAGAGAGAGGACGGCUUGCUUCUUCUGGCAGGGCCGUCACUCCAGCAUCAGCGAGAGAGGAACCUCGGCGCUCAUGACUGUGGAGCUAGGCAGCCACAGGGGGUCGCAAGUUUUGGUAAGUCAGGGAAAAGAGCCUCCUUGUUUCCUCCAGCUCUUCCAGGGAGGUUUGAUCAUCCACAAGGGAAAUAGAGAAGACAGUGUCAAUAGCGCAGGCGGCUGGAGGUUGUUUUGUGCCCGUGGAGAGGCAGAGGUGGAGGCCUCGCUUGUGGAGGUGGCGUGCGAGCACGCCAGCCUGCGCUCGCGCGCCAGCCUGGUGCUGCUCAACGCCAAGAAGUCACGACUCUACUUGUGGCACGGCUGCAAAGCUCAUGACAGCACCAGGCAGGUGGCUAAGAGAACGGUGGACAAACUCGCCCAGAGGUGCGCGUCAGAACUGGGUCUGAGCAGCACCUGCAGCGUGAACGUUGAGGAGGUGGAGGAAGGAGCCGAACCCUCAGAGUUUGUGCAGGCUCUGGGCUCACAGGACAGCAAGGCCUACGACUGCAUGCUGCAAGAUCCAGGGAAGUACAACUACACGCCUCGGCUGUUCCGCCUCAGCGCAAGCUCCGGGGUGUUUGAAGGGGAGGAGCAGCUGUAUCGCGCCAGGGUGACAGAAGGAGUUAUGGCAAUGCCGUUCCUGCAGGAGAAUCUCUACAACACACAGCAGCCAGCCCUGUUCCUGCUGGAUAACCGCAUGGAGGUGUACCUGUGGCAGGGCUGGCAGCCUGAAGACACCCAGUGCACGGGCUCUGCAAAGAUGCGCUGGGACAAUGAGCGAAAGUGUGCCAUGGAGACAGUGCUACAGUACUGCAAAGAGAAGAGUCCUCGACGCCCACCUCUGGCUUAUCUCGUGCUGGCAGGCUGUGAGCCGCUUACUUUCACCAACAUCUUCCCAUACUGGGAGAAGGACUCCAGUGUUUCUGCAAAGGCUGAGAACUUCAAGAACAAGGUGAUCCUGGUGAAGGAGGCUCUGUCUAAUCUCAGUAAGCAGCAGUACUCCAUCGAGGAGCUGACCAAGAAGCCACCACCAGAGGGAGUCGACCCCCAACGCCUGGAGGACUAUCUGUCCGACCAGGACUUCAAGACACUUUUCGAGAUGAGCCGGGUUGAGUUCAACGCCCUGCCAAACUGGAAGCAGAAGAAUCUGAAGAAAAGCAAGGGCUUGUUUUAAACAUACGAUAUCAGCAGCUUUUAUUCCCCUCGUCAUUUGGUAACAGUUAAAAAAAAGCCAAAGUGCAAUUUUGUUCAAAUAUUGAUCUGUUUUUAAUGACGACGCCAUUCUAAAGUUUUUCUCUAUCCUUUAAACAUUUUAGCCAAAAAACUGUGCAAUUAUUAAUCGUUUAAUGUCUAAAUGUUUUUUAUGGUGAACAGUUACCCUCACAAUAUAAAUAUGUAUUAUACUAUAAAUGAAUGUGUUGUUUACUCAUGUCAGGAUUUGUGAGAAUGUGUUUGUCUGUGGUUCGUGUCGCAGCAUUUAUCAUUCAGUUUUUACAUGUCUUGGAAAAAAGCCAACUCUGUGUAAUGAGACUGAAUAUCAAUAGUCCAAUGUUCUCAGAACAGUCUACACACCAGCUGUUAUCAUUUUAAUUUCUUUCUUUUCAUCGCAACCAAGAGACCCUGUUACAAAACAAACUCUAAGGUUUCCUCAGUCAGUGUGUGUGUGUGUGUGUGUGUGUGUGUGUGUGUGUGUGUAUGUAUAAAUGUGUAACUAAAAGUAUUAAGUGUGUCUGUAAGAGAGAGACUGCACCGUAGAAACGUAGCGCUGAUGUGUUAUGUUAUGUUAUGUUGUCAUUGUGGUAUUGUGUCCGUGAUGAAUUAGAAAAUCCUCUGCAUGAUGUUCACGAGUGUUUCUAUUAACAAACAUGUCAUAAUGUGCUGCGUCAUCCAUUUUGUGACCUGGAGGAUUUACAUUCCAGGCACAGAAAAGUGAACGUUGGUGGCAGGGAGACGGGAAAAUCUACAUUCAAUACGCUCUUUUCAAUAAAAAUAUUCAAAAUG